CGCUCGUGUGUGUGUGAGAGAGAAAGAAAGUGUGCAUGCUCAGGAGAGGGAAUGAAAGAGAGUGCACGCACGCUUUCGUCUGGCAGAUGUGACCAUGAAAAGACGCCGUUAUUGUCUUUGAUUGGAGAGUUUCGCUUCCUUUGUUACAGGGACUUUAAAACGCACCUCCUCCCACAGAAAAGUUAGAUCAGUGUAAGUAAGCCGUCAUCGCUUGUGGAGCAACAAGGAUUUACGUUUUUCCUAUGCGGUCUAUUUUCUCCAGUUGUAGUUAAAUGUAACUUGGUAGCUCUGUUGAGUUUUAACUGAACCAACUAUUUUAGCGGAACGAUUUAGGGAUGGGAACGUUUCUUACUACAGGCAUGACAAAUUGAACAAUGAGAGUCUGGGACAUCAGACAAGGAGCGGAGGGCUGGCCCGCGCUCUGGCUACUUUUCUCGGUAUUCUGCCAGUCAUCCUUCUCCGCCGAGUUAUCCUAUUCCGUGUUGGAAGAGUUAAAACCGGGAGCAUUUGUUGGAGACAUUAUGAAAUCUUUGGGCUUAGCCAUAUCGACGUUAGCGAGGAGAAACCCUCGAGUUGUGUCGGAAUCUAAUGCAAAGUACUUUGACGUGAACACAAGUGGAGUAUUUGUUACCAAAGAAGUUAUGGACAGAGAGAGUCUUUGUGGAUUAAAGUCAACGUGUUCUCUUAGCGUGCAACUUGUGCUUGAAAACCCACUGGAAUUACACCGAGUCGUUGUGGAGAUAGUUGACGUGAAUGACAAUUCGCCUCAGUUUCCGGGUCAAACUAUUUCAAUAGAAGUUUCCGAGGCGGCUGCACCGGGCACCCGAUUUCGUUUGGACAGCGCAAAUGAUCUGGAUGUAGAUGCCAAUGCUCUACGCACAUACUUUCUUAGUCCCAACGAUUGUUUCGUGUUGAAAGUAGAAUCGAAAAGGGAUGGUAGCAAAUUCCCAGAAUUAUUCUUAGAGAAACCUCUGGACAGGGAAAAGCAAUCUGUAUUUAACUUAGUACUCACCGCCGUAGAUGGCGGCCAUCCAGAAAAGACUGGCACUACGUCGGUUCUUCUUCGCGUCAUGGACGUCAAUGAUAACGCGCCGGUAUUUGACCAGCCAAUAAAAACAGUUAGUUUGUUAGAAAACUCCUCACCGGGCACCCUGGUGACGAGACUCAACGCAUCAGACGCAGAUGACCAUCUUAACGGGAAAAUAUCAUUCCACUUCAGUAAAUAUACUUCAGAGUCUGUAGUUAAACUUUUUAGCUUGAAUCCCCAAACGGGUGAAAUCCUAGUGAAAGGAGAGGUAGAUUAUGAGGUGUCAGAUAUCUAUGACAUCACAGUGGAGGCCAGGGACAGAGGAACGCCAGCUCUGGAGGGCUCCUGCCACGUCAAAGUCCAAAUCGUUGACGUGAAUGACAACAGUCCAGUCAUAAGCAUAAACUCGGUGACCAAGAUCAUCCAAGAGGAUGUGGAAUCAGGAACUGUAGUAGCGCUGAUUAGCAUUAGAGAUGAGGAUGCUGGUCAAAAUGGCGAAGUGAUUGUUCAAAUUCCCCCUGGGUUGCCAUUUAGAUUGAUAUCCCCCUUUGAGGGUCACUAUACCCUGGUGACAGACGGGCCUUUGGAUAGAGAGACUGAGUCUGAAUACACCAUCACAGUGACGGUCUCGGACGCGGGCUCUCCCCCUCGCUCUGCGCAGCAGUCUUUUGUGGUCAGUCUUUCAGAUGUUAAUGACAACGCCCCCCUCUUCUCAAAGUCCUCCUACUCUGUUGACAUAGCAGAGAACAAUGCUCCAGGGGCUCUCCUCCUGACCGUGUCCGCGUCCGACCGGGACUCGGGCCAGAAUGCCCGUCUCUCCUUCUCCCUCCUGGACAGCGAGGUCGGAGGCGCCCCCGUGUCCUCGCUCGUUUACAUCAACUCAGAGAACGGCAACCUCUUCGCCAUGCGGGCGCUUGACUACGAGCGCGCGAACGCGUUCCGGGUGGAGGUGCAGGUGAGGGAUGGCGGCACGCCGGCGCGGAGCUCCAACGUGACCGUGCACGUGUUCGUGGUCGACGUGAACGACCACCCCCCUGUUCUCGUCCACCCGGCCCUGCCCGCGGACGGGGUUCUCCAGCUGUCCGUGCCGCGUUCCGCUGCGGUGGGUCACCUGGUCAACCGGGUGGUGUGCGUGGACCCGGACAGCGGCCACAAUGCCUGGCUGUUCUACAGCGCGUCGGGGCGGGACGCUGGGUUCUUCCACGUGGGGGCUCACACCGGUGAGGUGCGGACCGCCCGGAGGUUUGAAGAGGGCGACGCCACCUUCUCCAUCCUGAUUCUGGUGCAGGACAACGGCACGCCCACGCUCUCCACCAGCGUGACGGUCAACAUCACCGUGUCCGAGAAGGGCGCGGCCCCCCAGCUCCGCAGGGCCCCUCCACGCCAGGGUGACGGCCGUGGGGCCUCGGGCGUCACCCUAACCCUGAUCAGCUCUCUGGCCUGCAUCUCUGUGGUGUGCCUCCUGGCUAUCGCCGGCAUGGCCGUGCGCUGGUUGAGAUACAGGGGCCACCUAGUGUGUUUGGGGCUAGGCCCCCGGAAAGCCCCCCACUCUCACAGGGACCCCCACCUGCAGCUCAACACAGAGGGCCCGCUGCGCUACGUGGAGGUGGUGGGGGGGGCCCGCGACCCGGCCACCUGCCGGCGCUUCUAUCCCACUCUCUCCAGCAGCGUGAAGGACUUUGUGUUUGUUAAGAGCCCCGGGUUAGAACAGAACCAGAACAUUCUGAAGCUGACCCUUGCCAACAAACACCUGACCAAAUCAGCCAAUGAGCAAAAGGCACCCAAUGACUGGAGAAUUACCCAGAAUCAGAGACCUGGACCUAGUGGAGCUGGGGCUCGUCCGGAGGAGGGAGGCGCUGUCGCUGGGACCGGACCCUGGCCCAACCCCCCCACCGAGGCAGAACAGCUCCAGGCUCUGAUGGCUGCAGCCAACGUGAGUGAGGCGACAGCCACCCUCGGGCCGCGCUACAACGCCCAGUUCCCCAUGCAGCACGUGCCCGACUACCGCCAGAACGUCUACAUCCCCGGCAGCACCGCCACCCUGACGGCCAACCCCCAGCAGGUCCCCCAGCAGGCCCUGCCCCCCGCCCAGGCCAUGCCGCAGGUCGACGCCCCCAAGGCCGCCCAGACGCCCGGCACCAAGAAGAAGUCCUCCAAGAAGGAGAAGAAGUAAGGCCCUGGGAGGAGGCAACCACCCCACCCAGCCACCCGCCGCCACGCCCGUCACCAUGGAAACCGCAAGAACGCAACCAACCCCCUCCCCACCUCCCUCCCUCCCUCAGUCUAGUCGUCUACUUCCUGUCGCGGGAUACAAGUCGUUUUGAUCUCAUUACUCCAUUUCCGUCUGGUGUCCCCUGUGUGUGGGCAGGGGUGUGCAUGAGUCACGUCACGUACGUGCUAUGACUUCACUUCCUGCUUCAUGAUCUUUACAGCUAGUGUCAGCGUGUGGGGAGGCUUGAGGAGUUGUACAGUAAAUGUGUUUUGGAUCCAAAAUGUAUUUCAGGAGUAUGGAGUUUUUACAGGGACCUUGCUCUGUAAUAUAGUGUUAAAUGAAGAAAAAAAAAAUAUGAAAAAAAAUCUACAAGAAAAAUUGAUAACUGAUUUUUGGAUUGAAAUGUUUGAUGCUUCUUCGACGUGCUUGGUAGUUGCUUCUCAUGGUGACUCUGAUUCCACUUUCUUUGCCUACUUGCUUUAGAGAUCUUGCUUUAGCUCUUUAAGGACUAAAAUAGACAAUGUUGCAUGACCCUUCCUAACGAUUUAAGAUCCUGUGAGGAUGAGCUUCACACACACACACACACACACACAUUUGUAUUAAGAGGCUAGCUCCAACUAAUCACAAUGUUAUGGCAGAAUGCGUAUAGUAGCAUUACUAUUUAAAUGCCUGUAAGACUUCUUUUAGCUGUCUGAGUAGUAAGCAUAAGAACCGUUCUAAUGACUGACAACUGAUGAAUAACUUUGCUUCGCUGUGGCCCUCUAAGUAUUUCAGCUGCCUAUGAAGGCUUGAGUGGUUAUUCUCACCCUGUAGGCCACAAUGUCAUCUCUGGCCAUCUCUUCCACUGAUAUUCAAAGCCACAACUCAAUCUCCAAACUCUGUCUCGAUUAACAUAAACAUUGUGUAACAACAGACCAGUGUUGUUUUUUUCUAUACCAGCAUCGUUUGGAUCUUUGUAUCUGCAUCGUAGCAAUGAGUCGGUGUUGUGGCAAGAUGGGCCAGUGUGAUUGGCUGAGCAUUGUGUUCUCAGGCUCGCCAGGGCUCCCAGGACAAGCCCUGUCACACCCAGAGGUGUGGAUGUGUCCUGGGGCCACGGGGAGAGGGAGGCUGGUUAGUCCCUCUGGAGCCUAAUAUCUGCUCCUCUUCCAUCACCUGGAAACUAGUGUCAGCACAGCAGGUCAUAAUGUCCCCAACACACAACCUGGUUCCCCUACACUACAGUUUAAUUAAGAAUCCAGGCCGUGUUUUGAUAUCUUACUCACUGGAUGCUCUCCAGGAGUUUGUAAGGUUCUGAUUGUGGUGUUUAGAAGCAAUGUCAGGACCAUGGACAGAGACUAGUUUCUCCCGUCAACCUCUCCUCUCUCUCUGCCUCGGUGUUCUGGAACUUAGAGAAUGGUCCCAGUCUAUCCUUUACCGUGCUGGCGCUACGCGUGCUAGCAAGCAACCCCAAUGUAAAUAUGACACGUUACAAGUCUGUAGAGAUCCAUGUGAGCUCUCUCUGUCUAGCCAAAAACAUGGCUGUUACCGGAAUGUUUGGACUAUUUUUCUGAUAUAAAAAAAGUUAAAGAAAAAAAAAAAAGAAUACAAAAAACGUCUCCAGAUGAAGUGUAGUAGUGUAGUGACUAAGCAUCGAGCUCACUGACUUAACCAAGCUGUAUAUAAAAACAAAACUUUCAAAAGACUCAUAGUCGUAGUUAGAGGCUUGUGAAUUUGUUGUGCAUAUUUUCAUGUUUUUUUUCUUUCUCUUUCUGCUUUCUCUGUGGUCAACUUUAAUAAGUAUCACACACCACUAAAUGUCUGUGAUUUCAUCUACCUGAACCCCUUUUUCUGUGUUUGUGAUUUUAAUCAAUCAUUUAUGCUCCUGGAAUGCCGCCCUUGCUCAUAUGAGCGUAAACAUAUGUGUCUGCUGCUGGAAUAAUCCUUGAUAUUCGUCCGUAAUAUCUUUACGUGUUAAAUUGUUUAGCUCUUUCUCCUUGUUAUACACUCUUAUUUUAUAUGCUAAUAUUUAUAUUGCUGUUUUAUUUGUUUAUGUUUUUGUUUACUCUCUUAACACUGACAUUUCAAAAUAAAAUUUCCUCUGAAAUCA